UGAAGGCCUGAAGUGUACGGAAGUAGCGUGACUCUGUGAUCAUCGUGGAGGUAACAGGUCAACAAAACAAUCACACACGUUUAUCUGCGGUGAUUCCUGCGCUGCUGAAGCCUUGUUUCUGCCUGUUGUCACCGAUAACUGUGGCAGCUGUGCAGCCACUGACUCGAUUCCCGUGUAUAAGUGGACACAUACGAUGGAGAGGGACUGUACCGGUGCUGCGGAGGAGAAGGAGCCGGCUUCCACCCGGAGGACGGAGGUAAACGGGGACAGGUGCUCCGCUGACUCCCGCUCCUCCAGCACCGAGAGCUGCGGUGUCGCUGAUGUGGCCAAAGCCCGAUGGACUCUGCUCAGACAGGUGUUGCGUCAGUCGCAGGCGGACAGUCCAGAGGUCAAACAGGCAUCUGUUCGUAGGUUCGCCACGUUUAACCUCUUCAGCAGGAAAAGGCUUGUGACACAAGACCCCAGUGAUACCUCAGAUGACCAGUGGGUGGAGUACAGAAGUGUGUACUUUCCGGAGUACAGUGCCUUACUCAGGGAUAACCUGGGUCCUCUUAGGGUGAAUGAAGUGCUCAACAGUUUCGACAACACUGGUAACGUCUCUUGUGGCACAUCUACCUCUACAAGUGAGAGCAGAGGUGUAGAGAAGACACAGGGACGAGGAGGAGAGGAGUGAGCUACACAAAGAAGAGAUGCAAACAAAGUGAAGGAUGAUGAGCAAGAAAACAGUGAAAGGACACCUUGAGAGGAAGAGGAGAGAGAGAUGGGUCCCGACAGGAGAAGGGGGCUGUCUACAGAUUUGCCUGCAUCAAACCCAGGCGCCUG